AUGGCUUCGAACGGUGAUAAGUUUGGAAACGAUCUGGAAUCUGAAUCCGAUUCUAAUCCAGGAUCCCCUAACCUCGAUGCGCAAGAGGUUGACGACAAUGUAGAGGAUAUUGACGAGAAGCCCAUCAAAUCCGCAUUAAAGAAAUCAUCACAUAAAGAACCUGCGCCAGCUAUUGUUCGACCUACCUUACCACCUCAAACCGAACCAAAAGACUUGGAUGUCAAGUCCCUGACUCCCCUCACCCCAGAGAUUAUCGCAAGACAAGCAACUAUCAACAUUGGUACUAUUGGACAUGUGGCGCACGGAAAGUCAACUGUGGUGAAGGCUAUCUCUGGAGUACAAACUGUUCGUUUCAAGAACGAGUUGGAGAGAAACAUUACGAUCAAGCUUGGUUAUGCCAAUGCAAAGAUCUACCAAUGCGAUAACAAGGAGUGCCCAAGACCUGGAUGCUUUAGAAGUUAUAAGAGUGAAAAGGAGGUUGACCCACCUUGCGAAAGAGAGGGGUGCAGCGGUACCUACAGACUUUUGAGACACGUAUCCUUCGUCGAUUGCCCUGGUCACGAUAUUCUUAUGAGUACUAUGUUGUCUGGUGCAGCCGUCAUGGACGCCGCUCUCUUACUUAUUGCUGGAAACGAAACUUGCCCCCAACCACAAACAUCUGAACAUUUGGCCGCUAUCGAAAUUAUGAAGCUCGACAAAGUCAUUAUUCUACAGAACAAGGUCGAUUUGAUGAGAGAAGAAGGCGCAAACCAGCAUUACCAAUCGAUAUUGAAGUUCAUUAGAGGAACUGUUGCAGGUGGAGCACCAAUUAUUCCAAUCUCCGCCCAAUUGAAGUUCAACAUCGAUGCCGUCAACGAAGCUCUUGUUUCCAACAUCCCUGUUCCACCAAGAGAUUUCACAAUGGAUCCACAAAUGAUUGUUAUUCGAUCCUUCGAUGUUAACAAACCAGGUGCUGAAAUUGACGAAUUGAAGGGUGGUGUUGCUGGUGGAAGUAUCCUGCACGGUGUCAUCAAGUUGGGUGAUGAAAUCGAGAUUCGACCCGGUAUCGUUUCUCGCGAUGAGAAGGGAGGUGUUAAAUGUCAACCAAUCUUCAGCAGAAUCAUUACUCUCAACUCGGAGAACAAUGAAUUGAAAUACGCUGUUCCAGGAGGACUUAUUGGUGUUGGUACACGAAUUGAUCCAACUCUUUGCCGUGCCGAUCGUCUCGUUGGUUUCGUUCUCGGUCUCAAGGGUCGUCUUCCUGAUAUCUACAUUGAAAUCGAAGUCAACUAUUAUCUGUUGCGUCGUCUCUUGGGUGUUAAGACUGCUGAUGGUAAACAAGCUAAGGUUACCAAGCUCACCAAGAACGAGGUUCUCAUGGUCAACAUUGGAUCUACUGCUACUGGUGCUAAGGUCAUGGCUGUUAAGCAAGAUGCAGCUAAAUUGCUCUUGACUAACCCCGCUUGCACUAACAUUGGAGAGAAGGUUGCGCUAAGUCGUCGUAUUGAAAAGCAUUGGAGAUUGAUUGGUUGGGCCACUAUUGCGGCUGGUGUCACUCUUGACCCAAGCACUUCUUAA